AUGGAGGGUGGAAUGGAACUAGUGCUAGGAAAUCAUCUUGUCAAGUUAAGGACGAGGACCAAGUUGAGAAAGUCAAGGGUGGCAGAAGGUCAAGUUCCUCGUCUCUUGGCCAGCAAGCACUGUGAGAGGCUCUCUAGGGGCUCGUUCAUAGCCAUGGUAGCGCACCAUGGGAGCAGCAGGGCGGAGCAGGAAGAGUCCACGUACGGCGUCUUCGAACCGGAAGCGUCGGGAGCGCCAUGGAGGAAGAGCUCGUCGAGCAGGCUCAUCAUGGCGGUGAUGGCGUUGGGACUGUGUGGUAUGAUCGUCGUGGGCAUGAUCCUGCAUGCGCCAUACCUGCAGACGUCACUGCUCGGGGGGUCUGUUGACUUGUUCGACGUCUCAGCGGCGGACAGGCACAGGGCGAGGGGGCAGGCGGUGGAGAUGUCGCUUGCUGACGUGCCUGAAGAGGGCCAGCACGUUGUGCACCUCAAUGUUCCUCUCAAGGAUGUGACUGGCUUGCGAGUUGGGUCGACGAUGAAGGGGAAGACGGCGAUGCUGGCAUCGGGCGGUACUACUCCUAUCAAUGUCAAGGAUUUCACCGGCAAGGUCCGAUCGUUGCAGAUGAUCACAGUGCAAGGAAAGAUUCAAUCAGACGUGCUGGGGGAGCCGGACGAGGGAGUUGUGUCAGUGAAGCUGCUGACUGAUCAGUACGUCGCUCCUGGUACGACAGUGACGGGGAUGGUGGCGGGCAAAGUGUUCAAGGGAGUCGUUACUAAGGCCCCUUCUCUUGAGAACCGCCUGGACGAGGCUGAGAAGCGGAUGCGAGAAAUGGCUCCUCCUGUCUGCGACGAGAUCUGCAAGCUCGAGAAGGAGAUCGAGAAGACGCAGAGGAGGAUCAAAGACUACAAGGACUCGCGGCAUCUCCGCAAGGAAGCAGACGCGCUGGAGAAGCGGAUGGAUGCGCUGGAGAAGCCGCGUCCUCCUCCUGAGACGGUUGCGAUCCUGGGGAACUGGGCUGGUUUCAAGUUCGAACUGCCUGAUGGUCCAGACACUUACGUACCGCGUCUGGAGAACAUUGCGGAUAGGAUGGACAGCAUCCCAAAAGGUGAGGAUAAGGAAGUGCUGUGA